AUGCGCAGCGGCGACAGCGACCGCAACAGCCUGUCCAGCAGCGGCAGCCGCCCCUCGAGCCAGAACAGCCAGUACUUGAUCGCGGAGCCCCCGAGCGCGACCCUCCACGGAUCUCCCGCCCCCUCGCCCUUCACCGUCCGGCCGUUCUCGCCCACCGAGAAGUGGUCGUUCCCCAAGCCCCCCACGUCGCAGAACAGCACCCCCGGCGCGGGCACCGGCGUCGGCCCCAGGGGCGCGCUCCCCGAGUCCGAGAACCCGUUCGCGGACUUCGGGGGCGCGGACGCGGACGAGUCCUCGGUCGUGACGCACAGCACGGGCACCACCGCUCUGCACUUCGCCGCCGUCGAGACGAUCCAGCGUGCGUUCGCACCGUCGAUGACCGACGAGCUCGCGGUCCGGGUCGGGGACGAGGUCCGGAUCGUGAAGCGCUUCGACGACGGCUGGGCGAUCGCGGAGCACAUCGCGCACGGGGCGCAGGGCCUGAUCCCCAUAGACUGCCUGCGUGCGCCCGAGGAGGAGCUCCCGGCGUUCCUCGCCAAGAAGCGCAUCUCGAGCUACCACGCAGGCGUCCGGGCGAGCACGAUCAACGGCUCGAUGGUCGGCGCCGCGCUGUGA